CUGAAGCCCUUUGUGUUGUUUACUUUUCUGUUUAAGGAGCUUCCUGCAGGAUGGAAUCUUAAGCUCAGAGGAAAUUGUUACACAACACAGGCUUGAACAUUUACUCUUGAAGCCAGCUUCCUUAUUUAUUCCAUAGAAAACUAAAUUCACUGAUCCAGUCUUAGGGCCUCCAGGGAAAGCAUUUUAGAAGACUGGGAAAAAGAUGGUGAUAAACUGGAACCAAAAACCUACAGGGUACAAGCAUAUACCCUCCACGCAAGAGUAGCUGCCACCACAAUCCUGUCUUUACAGAGUAGAAAUAUGAGGUCCUUUAGGACCCAGUAGAUACCAGGGUCCUGCUUAUGUAAGAUACACAGAAGAGCCAUGGCAAAGGUGGAGAGGAUGUUGGCCCUCUUUCAGCAUCAGAUAUUUCAAUGGCAGGACGAAGGAGGCUCCUGGCAGUAAAAGAAGGUCCUGUUGGUCCUGAAGGGUGUUUCUGUGGCCUGGGACUGGUUAGUACCAACAAGUCCUGCUCAAUGCCACCAAUCAGUUUCCAAGACCUUCCCCUCAAUAUCUACAUGGUCAUCUUCGGCACAGGCAUCUUUGUCUUCAUGCUCAGUCUCAUCUUCUGCUGCUACUUCAUCAGCAAACUCCGGAACCAGGCUCAGAGCGAGCGAUACGGCUACAAGGAGGUGGUGCUUAAAGGUGAUGCUAAGAAGUUACAGCUCUAUGGGACCUGUGCAGUUUGUCUGGAAGACUUCAAGGGGAAGGAUGAACUAGGCGUGCUUCCAUGCCAGCACGCCUUUCACCGCAAGUGUCUGGUGAAGUGGCUAGAAGUCCGUUGUGUCUGCCCCAUGUGCAACAAGCCCAUCGCUGGCCCCACGGAGACCUCGCAGAGCAUCGGGAUCCUGCUGGAUGAACUGGUGUAAGCGCUCCUUGCGCAUGGACACUGAAGAAGACCGGCUUACUCUGGGUACCUGGGUUUCUCUACACAGUGAAUAAGACUCACACUCAACCUAAAAGCAAGGAUGGCAGAGCUGAGUGUCUCCCAGCACCAGGCUUGUCCAGUCUCCGCCUCCCAGGGCUUCUCUCCGUUAUCCAUUUCCAAUGGACUCCUCCAGGUAGACUGCUCUAUCCUGGUACUGGACUGACUGACCAUCCAUCUCCACCAACCUCAUCUUUGCCCUGGGAAGGAGUCAAGUCGGUGACUGUGAACAUGGGCACCUCCCUCUGGACAACAAGCAACUCUGACCUUGAAAGGCUCUGCCCCACCCAUGUCCUCCACUCCUGCCAGAGCCUUCCAUGGCAUAGUUUCCAAGGGGAAAGGAAAGAAAGAUCAAGAAACCAAGACGAAAGGCUCUGUAUGAAGUCAAGGAUAGCAGGGCCCUAAACAAGGGGAAAAAAGUCAAUGUUUACAUGAGAUGCCAGAAACAAAGGCCAGCCUUGCCCUGGCUGACUGCAGGGUAAUGGGACCAGCCCUCCCCUGUUAGGAUCUGAGGUGCUAUUCAUUCUCUCCCUGGCCCUGCUUAAUCUCAGAGCCAUCUAGUCAUCAUUGGUUUUGAAGAGACCCCUUUCUAUAGGAAGGGAUCUAAUCCUCAAGCCCAUUUUCAGGGGCUUUUUUUUUUUUUUUUUUUUUUUCUUUUUGGAAGCAAAAUGGGCCUCGGGCUGGGAAUGGUCGGGAGGGUGCCGUAGUGCAGAUGUCUGCUUCCCCUCUGUAAAUAGUAUUUUUAUACUUCAUCCUCACCAUCACCAUCUCAGGCUUUACACGUGCAGCCCCUCCCCCACCCCCAAGGAUGGAGGGGGGGUGGAGUGUCCCCUUCCUUCCCUGAACAGGGCGGCUGAGAGUGGGAAAAGGUUAUGUAUUUAAAGAAAAUUAAAUUUAAUAACAUGUU